AUGGGGGGCCCCCGGUGUCAAUCUGACACCAGCUCCAAGCUUCAGCUCGCUGAGCAACACAUCACACUCGUCCCAGGCAGGUGUGACUUCGUCACCGCUCUCACGGGACAGGAGCCCGGCCUCUGCCAGGGGCGUGGGAGGGAGGGGGGAGCGCCCGACGGCACGGGACGGGCCCACGCGGCCGGGGCGGGGGGGGAGGGGGGGGGACAGCGGGAGACCGGAGAGAAGACGCAUGGGGGAAGAGCGUGCAAAAGCCCGAUUUUUACACAGAGGACGAAAAGGACAACCCGGACGUACAAAACGUACCCCGAAGGACCGGAGCAAGUCUUGACCGUUGUCCUGUGCGUCGCUUGUUCGCAGACCACGAUGACCGCCGUCCUUGUCAUCGCCAUUGUGUCGGCUGUGCUGGGCUCUCUCCAGAUUGGGUAUCACACGGGAAACGUCAACGCUCCGGCCAAGAUAAUUGAAGAGUUCUUCAAUGUGACUUGGAGGUCACGGCACAACACGUCGAUGCCGGACCACAGCCUCACCUUCCUGUGGUCCCUGUCCGUCAGUAUUAAGGAUUUUGGAGCUCUGAUUGGCUCCUUGGGGGUCAAAGGCCUCGCUGACAACUUCGGGAGGCGAAACUCCAUCCUGAUCGUGAACGCCCUGUCCAUGGUGGGCGCCAGCCUCAUGUUCGUGUCCAAGGCCAGCGAGUCGUUCGAGGUGCUCAUCGUGGGGCGCCUCCUGUUCGGCCUGUUCUGCGGCCUGGCCAUGAGCCUGAACCCGCUCUACAUCCAGGAGCUGUCCCCCACUGAGCUGCGGGGCGCCUUCGCCACGCUCAACCAGGUGUCCUUCGCCACCGGCAUCCUCCUGGGCAUGGUGGUGGGCCUGGACACGGUGCUCGGGACGGAGCAGUACUGGGCCCUGAUGUUCUCGCUGUCCCUGAUCCCGGCUCUGCUCCAGUACCUGAUUCUGCCUUUCUGCCCGGAGAGCCCACGCUACCUCCUCAUCACGCAGGGCAAAGAGGAACAGGCAGAGACAGCCCUCCGAAGGCUGAGAGGAAAUUCGGACAAAGUUCUCCACGAGCUGAAGGAAAUGAAGGAGGAGGCUGCUCACGCCCAAUCAGGAGUGACCGUCCGACAGUUCCUGAUGAAGCGCAGCUACAGGCAGCCAAUAAUACUUGUCCUCAUCAUCAACCUGGGCAGCCAGCUGUCCGGAUUCAACGCUAUAAUAAAUUAUUCCACCAAGAUGUUCUCCAAGGCAGGAUUCCAGGAGGCCAAGUAUCUGACGCUGGGGGUGGGGGCUGUCAAUGUGACGUUUACUGUGGUCGCGUUCUUCCUGGUGGAGAGGGCGGGGCGUAGGAGGCUGCUUCUGACCGGCUUCCUGUCGUUAGCGCUGUGCAACCUGCUCAUGACCAUCACCGACUCCGUCCUGCACAUAGUCCCAGACCUGCGCAGCCUGCAGGUUCUGGUGGUGUUCUUCCUGAUCUCGGCCUAUGAGGUGGGGCCCGGCCCGAUCUCCUGGUUCAUCGGCGCCGAGCUGUUCGACCAGCAGUCCCGGCCCAUCGCCAUGGCCUUCACCAGCAUGCUCAACUGGGGCGGGAAGUUCCUGCUGGCCCUGCUCUUCCCCCCGCUGCUGAAAGUGUGCGGUGCCUACGUCUACCUCCUCUUCACCGUAAUGGCCGUCCUGGCCUUCAGCUACACGCUGUUGCGCCUCCCGGAGACCAGGGGGCGCACUUUCGACGACAUCGCGGCCGAGUUCCGGGGGGCCGAGGGCAUUCCCCUCCACAACAAGACCAGUUUUAACACUUUUCCUUGA